CCCACAGGAGAAGGACUGGGACAGAGCGCCCCCAGGUGGAGGAUAGAGCGCCCACGUGAGAACAGACGGAAGUGACGUCUCGGAGCUGUGGAACAGCAUGGCUGAGUUUGUGCAGCGCCGGGUGGAGAACCAGAUUCCCGAGCUCCAGCAGCUGGAGAGAGUCGGUCUUCUGACCGGGAAGGAAGCCAGGGCGGUGAUCAGGAAGGUGACGGCGCUGGAGUAUAAGCUGAAGAGGAGGACCGCGGAGAAGGAGGACUACCUCCAAUACAUCCAGUAUGAGAUAAACUACCUGGAGCUGCUGAAGAAGAGGCGUCAGCGCAUUGGAUACGCCUUUAAGAAGGAGGAGAUUGAGUACGUCAUCCUGCAGCGGAUCCAUGAGCUCUUCAGACGUGCCACCAACAAGUGGAAGGAAGAUCUCCAGCUGUGGCUGUCUCAUGUGGCCUUCUGUAAGAAGUGGAACUGCAAGAAUCAGCAGAGCCGCAUCUUCUCCUCCCUCCUGGCCGUGCACCCCGAUAAACCAGCCCUAUGGAUCAUGGCAGCAAAGUGGGAGUUUGAGGAUCAGCUGUCGUCUGAGAGCGCUAGACAACUAUUCCUGCGAGCUGCGCUUCCACCAGACUCCGCCAAACUGUACCAGGAGUAUUUCCGGAUGGAGCUGAUGAAUGUCGAGAAGCAGAGAAAAGAGAGAGAAGAUUUGGGACAGACACUGACGGACAUUGGGGAAGCCUCGUACUCGGAUGAGAUUCUGCGUGGAGGACUGGUCCGUGUGGUCUAUAAAUCCGCUGUGCAGAAGAUUAAAGGGGCCGAGUUCCAGCUCUCACUUCUCUCUAUCGCCAAGAAGUUUAACUUCACUGAAGAUCUGCAGAAGGACAUUUUGUCUGACUUGCAGGCUCUCCAUGCAGAGGACCCCCUCACCUGGGACUUUCUGGCCCGACAGGAGUUGUCCGCCAAGCCGUUACCCUCAGCGGAGUACACGUCCAAACAGACAAAGGCACAAGAGCUGGCGCGACUGGAGGAGCAGAGCAGCCGUGUGUAUGAGACGGCACUAGGCUCUCUGCAAACAGAAUCCAUGUGGGAGCUAUAUGUGUCCUUCUGUCAGGAGAGAUACAGGCGGCAAACCAACAGCAAAGAGCUAAAACAGCAGAGGCAGGACAGGCUGCUGUCCACUCUUCAGAAGGCCCAUGAUGCUGGCCUCUUACCACAAGCAAGAUACCAUGACUGGGUCUCCUUACUCAUGGCGCUGGAGCAGGGGCAGGUGGCAGCAGAGGUACUGGCAGCAGCUACAGACAGGUUCCCUGGGUCUGUGGACAUGUGGAAGAAGAGACUGGAGACUCUGAUGACCCUGAAGUCUGAGAACGUGGAGCAAGUCUUUGAGAAAGCGCUGACCCUGGUGAAGAUGCAGGACAGUUUGCCGUUGUGGACAUUGAUGGUGGAGUGGAGUGAGAAGGAAAGGGAUGAGGAAGCCACAAAGUCCCUGUACCAGAAACUCGUCCUCAAUCCAGUGACCACCAGGACCAUGAAGGUGAAGUACCUGGACUGGGCCUACAGGACACAGGGCUACAAUAGAGCAAGGAAGGUGUUCAGCUGUUUACAGGAAAAUCGUCCUUUCUCGGAGGAUUUCUUCACCAGGAUGAUUGACAUAGAGAAGGAGCAGGAGAAGAGCAAGAUGGCGAAUUUGAGAGAGUACUAUGAGCGGGCACUGAGGGAGUUUGGUGCCACACAGCCAGACCUCUGGCUGUCCUAUAUCAGAGAAGAGCUCGGCCAUGGGGAGGGGAAGCCGGAGAACUGUGGCGCCAUCCACUGGAGAGCCAUGAAAGUGCUGCAGGGGGCCGACGUGGAGGUGUUUGUUAGUAAAUACACACUGCUGCAGAGCGGACACUUAUGAUGUCACGUCCACACCAUGUUCAGCUAUCUGCUUGCUUGCUGUCAGUGAGUGGAAACUUUCCUUGUUCUGGAGAUUCAGCCAGAGCUGAUGGUUUGUUACUGUGUUGUUAAUCUCUCCAUUGGGGAGAUCCUGGUCAGUGUGAACAGCCCCUUAUCAGCUGUAGGUCAGUGGGUUGUAUCUUCCAGGUGUGAACAGACCGGUCAUCUCUCAUAUGGAACAUUGUACAACAAAACUUUAUGUCCAGGGCCCUGACCCGUUGAGGUUUUUUUUAUGCCAUCAGUUACUUCUCUGGACUUCAGGAAUAAAAUAAAAAUCUG